AUGGCAAGUGCAGAAAAUCAAAAGGUAAAUGCUGCCGCUUCUACCGGCGAGCAUGUUUCUGGCAUUUCCUUGUCUAGGGGUUCACCUCCGCUGGACGCCAAAUCAGGAGGCGUCUCAUGGAUUACACGCCACUUCCCUUUCCUUAGGACGAAGCGCGGGAUUGCCAUGAUCGUGGCGGUCAUCCUCGUCAUUGUCGGUGCAGGUUUAGCAGGACUGGCGGCUCUACCAAAGAAAGGGAACAAGGGCACAGCCGAGGCGGGAGGUGGGGCAGGUAACUCAGGAUAUUCGAUCACCAGUGACGAACAUUUCUAUGGCCAGUCACCACCGGUCUAUCCUUCACCAAACAUGGCCGGCACUGGAGCUUGGGCAUCCUCGUAUAAGAAGGCCAGGGAACAAGUUGGUCGAAUGACACUUGAUGAGAAGGUCCAUCUAACGACCGGCCUCCAAUCUAACACGAGUUGCUCUGGCUUCAUUCGGCCUAUAUCCCGUAUAAGUUUCCCCGGAAUGUGCCUAAGCGAUGCCGGAAACGGCCUAAGAAAUACCGAUUCUGUCAGCAGUUGGUCGAGCGGUAUCCAUGUUGGUGCGAGCUGGAACAAGUCGCUCGCAUACCAGCGAGGGACCGGCAUGGGCAGCGAGUUCAACAAGAAAGGAGUGAAUGUGCUCCUUGUGCCCGUUGUUGGGCCUAUGGGCCGUGUGGUACUAAGUGGCCGCAACUGGGAAGGUUUCUCUUCCGAUCCAUAUCUGGCAGGGGCUCUUGUGUACAAAACCGUUGAGGCAAUUCAAAACGUUGGUGUCAUCACCAGCGUCAAGUCCCUCAACGGCCUGCUCAAGACAGAACUAGGUUUCGAGGGUUUUGUGGUCUCUGACUGGAGUGCCCAGCACGCCGGUGUUGCCACGGCUUUGGCGGAACUAGAUAUGACCAUGCCGGAAGGGGAUAAUUUCUGGGGAUUUAAGCUUGUGGAUGCGGUGAAGAACGGUUCUGUUUCUGAAUCCAGAGUAGACGACAUGGUAAUUAGGAUCAUGGCAUCUUGGUAUAAGAUGGGCCAGGACACGGACUUUUCUACACCCGGUAUCGGCAUGGUUAGUGACAUUACGAAACCUCACAUGAUAGUUGACGCCAAAAACUCGACCUUCCGCUCCACGUUAUUUGACGGUGCGGUUGAGGGUCAUGUCCUCGUGAAAAACACGCGUAGCGCCUUGCCCUUGAGCAGCCCCGUAUUGUUAUCUGUCUUCGGAUACUCCGCCAAGAACCCCGACCACAAUGGUCCAACGAUUGGUUCAUCUGCAUGGGUUUUCGGGGCAGAAUCAUUCAACUACGAUGAGUUUACCAGCGGAUUCUUUGGCAGUGCCGCGGUAGGUAACACCCCCAUCGCUUUCAAUGGCACGCCCUAUUCCGACGGCGGCUCCGGUGCCACCUCCCAAUCGCUCGCCACGGACACCGCGCUGUUCUGGGACUUCCAUAACGGCAAUCCCGCCGUCAACCCGACCUCAGAUGCCUGCCUUGUCAUCGGCAACACCUAUGCAGCUGAGGGCGCCGACCGCCCCGGCGCGCGCAACGACUACACCGACGGGCUCAUCAAGCACGUCGCCAACCAGUGCAAUAAUACCAUCAUCAUCUUCCAUAACGCUGGAAUCCGCCUCGUCGACCAGUUCUUUGACCACCUCGACGUCACCGCCCUCAUCUUCGCCCACCUCCCCGGCGAAGCCUCGGGCAAGGCGCUCGUCUCGUUGCUCUACGACGACUCAAACCCCUCCGGCAAGCUUCCUUACACCAUUGCACGCAACGAGUCCGACUAUGCCGUUUUCAGACCCGAUCUCCCUGACGCCGGCAUGUUCCGCAAAUUUCCCCAGAGCAACUUCUCCGAGGGCGUCUUCCUUGACUAUCGUCACUUUCACGCCAAGAACAUCACGCCGCGCUACGAGUUCGGCUUCGGCUUGAGCUAUACCACUUUUUCCUACGGUAACUUAUCCGUAAAGCGAGCCGCUGAUGCGGACACGGAUGAACUCCCCACUGGCAAAAUCCGCGAGGGAGGGCAGGUUGACCUGUGGGAUACGGUUAUUGCGUGUAGACUUCGGGGAAUUGUAAUUCUGGAUGACAGAGAGAGAGCGAGAUAA